UGUUGAGAACCGGUUCCUUAUGUUUCAAUUCCAUGGAACCGUUUGGCAGCUCGUUAAACGAUUCUCUUAUAGAUUCCAGACCGCACGGUUUAUGUAACGUUAUUUACGCAGCAAGGUACACACGAAUGAUUCAGUAAGCCCGGCUUGACGUGGCGUAGUUGCUUGGUUACGCAGGUGACGCUCGUGAUACUUUUUACAAGUCUGAAAUGGCACCCCUAAGGUUAAAACGGUCCAAAGUGUGGCUUCAUUUCACAUUACAUAAGGAUGGCAACAGGGCGUUUUGCAACCACUGCAAAUUGUUGAUAACAUCGGCGGGAGGGAAUACUUCAAAUAUGCAUAAACAUCUGCGCACACAACACGGGAUAAACUUUAACGAGUGUCGCGUUUUUGAUGCCCUUCGGAGUGACAGCAGCCAAGCUUCUACGACCACCGUGGCCUUGGGGGCUAACACCGAAGGCAACUCUGGUGGUAAGUAGCUAUCCCACUGACUAAUCCUUAAUGUGAUUCCUAGUAAAUUAUGUACCACGCCAUUUCUGGAAAUAAACCCAUUUCCUACCUCUCCUUGGGGUAAUUAAGGGAGUUUAUGUUUCUGGUUAAUCAAGCCGUUCCUUGCUAGCAUGUUUAAUUAGCUUACUUGAUGGCAAGGCAUCCGUAGUUCUAGGGAAGAAUUCUAGCUGUUGCUAUGUAGCUAAUGAAACAUGCUAGUAAGUUGCGCCGCCGAUUCAGGGAGCCAGAGAAAGGUGACGCUCAUUUAUUUAAAUCAAAGGGAGGUGGGAAAUUAGUUUAUUUCCCGAAAUUGUACAGUAUUGCUUUUUCAUCAAACGAAUGCCUUCUUCGUUAGAUUUAGAACAAGAUGAUGACCGGGACGAGACGGGUAGUCUGGCUGACUCAGAGGCUAGCAGCACUUGCUCCCGUUUACCUCUGGCUUCUAUUUUCGUCGAGGCAGGCAGAAAUAAAAUGUCCCAGGCAAAGGUAGAAGAAUGUCACCGGGCAGUUACCAAAUUUGUUGUUAAGGGUUUGCACCCAUUUUCUACAGUAGACGCCCCUGAAUUUCGGGAGAUGACAAAGGUUCUCAAUCCAAAAUACAAAGCCCCCAGCAGGGAAAGCUUAACCAACCACUUAAUCCCUGCUUGGUAUGGUGUGGAAAAGGGAAAUGUGAUCUCUGAACUGAAAACAGUGUCAAAGGCAGCUAUCACGGCUGAUGGGUGGACAAGCUUUUGUCAGGAUCAUUAUCUCACGGUUACUCUGCACUACGUGAGCAAUGGCCAGGUAAAGGAAAAGGUCCUAAAAACCAAAGCCGUGUACCAAUCUCAGACAGGCUCAGCUGUAGCAGAGGAGAUUGAUUACAUUUUAGAAGAAUAUGGUGUACGGGAAAAGGUUGUGGCAGCAACUGUAGACAAUGCAGCGAACAUGGAUGUAGCCAUCAAACAGCUGCAAAUUGUCAAAUUUCCAUGCUUCGCUCAUACGCUGAACCUGGGAGCGCAAAAGCUGUACAACUGCACUGCCAUAUCCAAUUGGGCAGCACGAGUUCGAGCAGUUGUUGUCUGGAUGAAGAGGUCCCACAUGGCAAAAGUUGUUCUUAAAGAGAAACAAGACUUGCUCAAGCUGCCCAAGCACAUGCUCCUCCUGGAUGUAAGGACCAGAUGGAAUUCCCUCUAUUUGAUGAUGGAGAGAUUCACCGAGCAGUUCCCUGCUAUCCAGGCUGCAGCCAUAGAUCCACGCAUAAGAAGGCCCAUGGAGAAGGAAAGGUUGGACAGAAUAGGCAACGAGGACUUAAGGAAAGCAGAGGAGUUUGUGCAUCUCAUGCGGAAGCAUUACACCUCCACACUGGCCGUCUCCAGCGACAAAAGUGCAACCUGCGGUGAGAUUUUGCCCAUCUUGCAGAAGCUGGAGCAACAGUACACUGUGCAGGAAGGUGACUCUGCGUUCACAAGGAGCAUCAAGGAGAACAUUUGGAAGGAUCUCUCCAAACGCUACCAGGGAACUGACAUUCAGAGAUUCCUGGAGGAAGCCACCAUCUUGGACCCCAGAUUUAAAUACAAAGUGAAAAGUGAUGCAGUCUGGGACAGGAUCAGGGAAGCUGCAAUAACAGCAAAUACAGUGGCAGCAAGAGAUGAGCUCCCAGGGGAAGGAGAGACACAGAGGGAAGGCUGCGAAGAUGGGGAGGAGGAAGAAGUAGAGGAACACUAUGCACUGCCACCACCAUCAAAAAAGACAGCCUUGGAAGAACUAUUCGAGGAGGAGGACAACGAGCUGCAGUCAAUCCGUGAAUCACAGCCCCGUCUUUCCCUGGCUCAGAAGGUGGAUCAGGAAAUCCAGUUCUACAAAAGCCUGCCCUCCAUCCCCUGCAGGGAUAGCGCCGCACUGUGGUGGUGGAACAAGCAGGAUACGCUGCCCUUGCUAUCUGGACUGGCUGAAAACUACCUCUGUGUGCAGGCUUCCUCCACCCCAUCUGAGAGGGUGUUCUCCACGGCUGGAGACACCAUAAGCCCCGAAAGAUCCCGUAUCCUUCCAGAAAAAGCAGAUAUGCUCAUAUUUCUGCAAAAGAACUGUUAAUUUUCCCUACUACUACUUGAGUGCACACACACACACUCACACUCACACUCACACUCACACUCACACUCACACUCACACACACACACACACACACACACACACACACACACACACACACACUGUGCUUGUGAUUACAUUGUUCUUGUAAUUACAUGAUUCAGUAUUUGUUAUUUGUUGUUAUUUGUUACAUUUUCUUGUACAGAAAAGCAGAUAUGUUCAUCUGCAAAAGAACUGUUAAUUUUUUUUACACACACACACACACACACACACACACACACACACACACACACACACACACACACACACACACACACUUGUUAUUAGAGAUUAAUAAGUAACUGUCACAAUAGAAUAUUUUUCAUUAAAACAAAGAUAAAUGUUACAUCAAACUGUUUAUUCUCCUUUUUCCCCCAAAUUGGAAUCGAUAAGAGAAUCGAUAAGGAAUUGAAUCGUUUCACAGAAUCGAUAAGGGAAUCGGAAUCGUAAAAAUCUUAUCAAUUCCCAUCCC